ACUCGUGUGUGUCUGGAGGCAUGGGGAAACAAAUCCGUGGGACACAAUAGCAGAGCUGUGUUAAUGAUCUACGGACGCAGAACGUCGAGAUUAUAUUCUACCAAUUUUAUAACACCAGGAAUACGUUGUCAUUCUUUUUGGACAUAUUAAAAUGGAGAGAUUUGCCCUUUCGGUCCACAGAGAAUAGGAACGUCGGAUUAAGAAGGUGUACACUGAGACAUCAAAGAGGCCUGAGGAGAAGAGGAGUGGGCAGACCCUCAAAAGAAGCUUAAUUUCUCCGUGGUGUUUUUUACACUUUCUCCAACACACUGUCAUAUACCAUCUGGCUCCAUAGGAGAAGCCAAGUCGGUUUCAUAACAACCAGUCCUGUGUGGCUUUCUGUGCAACAUUAUUUGACAUUUGCAAUAUAUUUAAGAUAUUAAAUAUACAACAGUGCUAGAGGCUACGUGUAUCCUGGCCGCUUAAAUUUACAGUGAUACCGUGGCAGGACAGCCGGACGCACCAUGAUCUUUUCUUUUGAAGUGAAUACUUGCAAAAAAAUGAUUACCCAUUGUAGUUCAAGCAGUCCAACAUAGUGAACUUUUUUUACUUUGAUUUAUCUAAUAUUUGGUGAUCCUCAUCACCUAGGCUUAUUCUUACAGUAUUAUUAUGAGUGAUGACAACUCAGACUCCGCCCCCAGCAAUGAUACAGAUCAAGGAGUGGGAGGGGUCGAGAAAGGAGCAGGACUUUUAAAUGGUUCCUGCAGCAUGAGUGGCGGCUCUCCGUCAUCAAAUCCGUCGAUUAGCGGGACAGGAGGGGUAUCUGAUCCCAAAGGAUCUAAAAGUCACCGCCAAGGGAUUCAUUCUGAUGAUACGGAUGCACUGUCCAGUGGAAAUGACUCUGGGGAGAGGGAGAAUGAAGGAGGUAUGGAGAGAGGGAACGGAUCUAGAGGAAGACAAUCAAACAGAAGCUAUCAAAGUUUUUCAAGUCAGAACGGAAAGGAUUCAGCCAUGUGUCUUGAGACUACGGAGAGCAACAAGAGCUUAAAUUCCCAGAGCCUUUCUCCACCCAGCAGCUCUGUGGCAUACAGCCUGCUAAGUGCCAGCUCUGAGCAGGACCCGCCAUCCACCAGCGGCUGCAGCAGCGAUCAGUCCGCUCGCGUCCAGAACCAGAAAGAGCUGAUGAGAGCCCUAAACGAACUGAAAAUCCGUCUGCCACCGGAGAGGAAGACGAAGGGGCAUUCCAGCACCCUCAAUGCCCUCAAAUAUGCCCUCAGCUGUGUCAAACAAGUUAGAGCCAAUCAGGAGUAUUAUCAUCAGUGGAAUGUUGAGGAAUGUCACGGCUGCAGUCUGGAUCUCUCCACCUUCACUAUCGACGAACUGGACAAUAUCACCUCUGAAUAUACUCUAAAAAAUACUGACACCUUUUCCAUGGCCGUGUCAUUCCUGUCAGGAAAGGUGGUGUACAUCUCACCACAGGGUUCAUCUCUUCUGCGCAGUAAACCUGAGAAGCUACACGGUGUGGUGUUCUCUGAGCUGCUGGCUCCUCAGGAUGUCAGCACCUUUUACAGCAGCACAGCACCUUGCAGGUUACCUCCGUGGGCAUCCUGCAUCGGCUCUGCUUCUCCACCAGUGGACUGCACCCAGGAGAAGUCCAUGUUUUGUCGCAUUAGUGGAGAUAUCUCAUCCAGUGGUGAUAUGAGGUACUACCCUUUCAGACUGACCCCGUACCUGCUCACGUUACGAGACUCCGACACAGCUUUCCCCCAACCCUGCUGUCUACUCAUCGCAGAGAGAGUGCAUUCAGGAUAUGAGGCCCCUCGCAUUCCUCCGGAUAAGAGGAUCUUCACAACCAGUCACACUCCAAGCUGUCUGUUUCAAGAGGUAGAUGAGCGGGCAGUUCCUCUUUUAGGUUACCUGCCUCAGGACCUAGUGGGAACUCCCAUCCUGCUCUGUGUCCAUCCAGAAGACAGACCUGUUAUGGUAGCCAUCCAUAAGAAGAUUCUUCAGUAUGCAGGGCAACCGUUCGAACACUCUCCUUUGAGGAUGUGUGCACGUAACGGAGAGUAUCUGACCAUAGACACCUCUUGGUCCUCUUUCAUUAACCCCUGGAGCAGGAAGGUGGCCUUCAUAGUUGGCCGUCACAAAGUCAGAACGUCUCCACUGAACGAGGAUGUCUUCACGCAGCCGAGGGAUCUGGAGGAGCGGGCCUUGUCUCCGGAUAUCGCUCAGCUCAGUGAUCAGAUUCACAGGCUCCUGGUGCAGCCUGUCCACAGCGGCAGCUCUCAGGGAUACGGCAGCCUGGCUAGCAACGGUUCCCAUGAGCUUCAACCCAGCGCAGCCUCGUCCUCAGAAAGCAGUGGGCCGGGUGUGGAGGACCCAUCCCAGCCACGUAAACCUAUGACCUUCCAGCAAAUCUGCAAAAAUGUUCAUAUGGUGAAGACGAGUGGGCAACAAGUGUUUAUUGAAUCCCGCAGUCGACCUCCUCCUAAAAAACAUUCCACAACAGGUGCUUUGCAAGCUAGCGAAGCUGCGGACCCAGGCAGGAGUUUUGGUCCUAAUGCCGCUCCACCCUCGAAGAGCUCCACCCACUCCCUCAUCAUGCGAAAGGAGCAACAAACUACUUACUCCUACCAGCAAAUCAACUGUUUGGACAGCAUCGUAAGGUAUCUGGAGAGCUGUAACAUCCCUAACACGGUGAAGAGGAAGUGUGGCUCCUCCUCCUGCACCGCCUCCUCCACGUCUGAUGACGACAAACAGCAGGAUGCUGCAGGCAAUUCUAAAGGUCCCUCUGUGUCUCUGGUAGAGAAGAGUGCUCUGUUGCCUCCACUGGCCCUGCACAGUAAAGCAGAGAGCGUUGCUUCAGUCACGUCCCAGUGUAGCUUCAGCAGCACUAUAGUCCACGUGGGAGAUAAGAAGCCACCUGAGUCAGACAUUGUAAUGGAGGAACCCCCUUCAACACCAAAUGCUGUUUCUUAUGCCACUCAACCCCAAGCUCCUCCCACCACCACACCUUCUCUGCCCAGUAGUCCUGCUCCUCAGUUUGAUAGGGAUGGGGUGAGGAGAGGAGUUGGUGGAGGAGAAAGGUUGGGACUGACAAAAGAGGUAUUAUCUGCUCACACACAGCAAGAGGAGCAGAACUUCAUGUGUCGCUUCAAAGAUCCGAGCAAGCUCAAAGUGUUUGACGUGACCUCAGAUGUCCGACGGACACCAGUGCCCUUGGCAAAAGGUGUGCGCUGUUCACGUGACUACCCAGCGGCCGGUGGUAGUAGUGGUCGUAGGCGAGGUCGAGGAGGCAAAAGGCUCAAGCAUCAGGAAGCUUCGGCGCAAGCAGGGUCUCGGAGACCAGCAGGCCCGCUAAGAGGCCUCCUCACUGGCGUUCCCACUUUGGACAGGCCCUCUAUGUCCUCCAUACCCUUGGGUCCUGCACCCAGCUCCUCCUCUUGGCCUACAUCAGGGUCACAAACCAGCAUUCCUUCGAUCCCUUACCCACCUGGUGUCCUUCCUCUAUAUCCCGUCUACCCUCCUCUUUCCCACCCCGUCUCAGACCCGAACAUACAGACAAACCUACGCUUUCCCAUUCAGAACUCACAGUUGGCGCCCCCCAUGGUCCACCCUAUGAUGGCAUUGGUAUUGCCCAACUACAUGUUUCCACAGCCCAGUGUCGGGAUGCCCCAGCCCUUCUACGGCACGAACUCCACUUUCCCUUUUCCAACUUUGAACAUGACCCCCCCUGGUCCCUGUCAGAUACCAACCCCAGCCCCACGUGCCCACUCUCGAUCCAGCACACCACAGUCUUUCAGCCAAAGAGAAGCGGGGCCUGAGAGAGAAGGGGUGGAGUCGCCCCUCUUUCAAUCCAGAUGCUCCUCGCCCUUAAAUCUGCUUCAGCUAGAGGAGCCACCAAGCAACCGGUUUGAGGUGACAUCGGCGCUGGCUUCAGGUCAACCAGCCGCAUCUCCCAUGGUGGGACAAGGAGGCGGGGCAGGAGGACAAGCAUCAUCCAAUCAGAGAGGUUCAGCCGUGGACUCAAAAGAGAAUGAGAACGGUGAAACAAACGAGUCGAAUCAAGAUGCCAUGUCCACGUCCAGUGAUCUGCUGGAUCUGUUGCUGCAGGAGGACUCGCGCUCGGGCACCGGUUCGGCUGCUUCAGGCUCUGGGUCAUCAGGCACCGGCUCGUCUGGUUCAGGCUUAGGGUCCUCUGGAUCAGGAUCCAAUGGCUGUAGCUCUUUAGGAAGUGAAACUAGAAGUAGCAAAAGCAGCAAUACGAGUAAAUAUUUCGGCAGCGUGGACUCAUCGGAGAACAGCCAUUCCCGCAAGCAGGCAGCAGGGGGAGACGGAGAGGCACAGUUCAUCAAAUGCGUCCUACAGGACCCCAUCUGGCUUCUCAUGGCCAACACGGAUGAAAAAACUAUGAUGACCUACCAGCUACCCAUCAGAGACAGAGAUUCUGUGUUAAAAGCGGACCGUGCUGCCUUAAGAGCUAUGCAGAAACAUCAGCCUCGCUUCACUGAAGAACAGAAGAGCGAGUUGAGUCAGGUUCACCCUUGGAUUCGCACCGGACGCCUGCCUCGUGCAAUCAACAUUUCUGCUUGUGAGGGUUGCAGGUCCUCUCCUUCGGUUCCCUCUAAAGCUCCCUUUGAUGUCGAGAUCCACGAGAUGGAGUUCUGCAGUGUUUUGGAGGUGACAGAAGAGGGCGCCAAUGCUGAAAAGCAAAUUCAAGCAGAUGCAACAAUGGAAAAAGCUGAGGAAGAGUCGUGCAAAAACGAAGAGGUUGUGAACAGUGAGACUAUUAUAGCAUCACAAAUAAACGACCAAGAAAUGAUGAUAGAAGACCAGGAAUUGACCUCACAGAUUGAGGAGGAAAUCAGUGCCUCUCUUACAGGGAUGACACACUAAAGACUUGAGUCACUAGCGAUCAGGGGGAUACAUUAUUCCUCGACUGAUCACGUGAUUUGUGUACUCACUAAAUUAUCCGGUUGUAUUUAUUUAUAUAAAUGCUAGACGAUAAAUAUUAAGCCGAGAAGGCUUACAGACAAUGAAUGUAAAGCAGAUAAUGUAUUUGCUUUAUUGGAAGACUGUGAUAUCCAAACGGGACGUUUUGGUUGUGCAAAAUGGUUUGCGGCUAACAAGGUGUACUUAGCUUUAGACAACACUAGAUUUGACAAUCCAAGAAGACACUACUGCUUUUUCCAAUUCUGGUGACCUACAUGAACACAUUUUUGUGGUGCACUUUAAAACCAUCUCAAAUAAUUUAGGUGUUGUAAUAAUGAAAUGUGUCCUUAGACAGGAGAAUAGAUUCACUGGACAUUCUGUCAUUUGCCAAAUGUCACAAAAUCUCAUUUCUACAGUAAUAUACAAACGCAAAGUAGUAUUUUUCGACCAAUUUCUCACAUUCAUCCAAACUUUUGUUUUUUUAGUUGUGUGUGUAAAUAUAUAUUUUUGUAUAUAAGCGGUACAAAUGGAAAAUGUUGUGCUGUAUGCAAUUAUUAAAAGCAUGGAUGAAAUGUGUAAAAAUGAACCUUACAUCUCUAUAGAGAGCCAUUUACAAAUCAUCGUCCUACAAGAGGUUACUUGCACCAAUUCAAAUUGAGACUUUUUGUAACUAUCACUACAGUAUCCAUGGCAACAGUAGUUUCAGAGUAUUUGUAGCAAAAGGCAUCCUUUCAGAUUAGCACUUAGCAAAGGAGAUCUUCAGAGGGCACACAAAGACAAAUCCGAUGCCUUUAGCCGGUUCUGUGCGGUCAAAGAAAA